CGACCGACGAUGCCUGACGGAACAACACGCAACAUAGACGAUGGAAAUCCUACCGAAGCUACGGCUUUACUCGCUGGUAUUGACCAUGGACUUGCAAGAACGCCUCUGCCAAAGCUGCAGCUAGGAUCUUUGUACCUCACAAAGUUGGUCGUGCCGGUCGCCGCGACGCAGAUAAUGCCCUACGUGAACGAGCUCGUUCAACGAUUCGAAUUCACGGAUAAUCCCGCGCGCAUCGGCGUGUACAGCGGGCUCAUUGGGAGCGCAUCAUUAUGGGCGCAGUUGAUAUCCACGUAUCCUUGGGGUCGGCUGUCUGACAGCGCAGGCCGUCGGCCGGUGAUACUGGCUGGCACUGCUGGGAUUGGGAUAGCCGCCGUCAUGUUCGGUUUCUCUCGAAGUUUUGCUGCUCUGCUAGUGGCACGUAUAAUAUCCGGGUUGUUCGCGGGCAACGUUGCUACGAUGCACUCCGUUGUAGGCGAGCUGACAGAUGCUACAAACCAAUCCAUCGCGUUUCCCGUAUACGACUUGUGCUCUGCGCUUGGCUUCGUCGUAGGUCCGCUGGUAGGGGGCUUGCUCGCCAACCCGGGGGAACGAUGGAUCAUGUUCUCCUCGAAGCUGUGGAAAACGUACCCUUACGCUCUACCGUGUCUCGCGACUGCUGCUCUGGCCACGUUAGCGCUUUUGGCGGGAUCCCUCAUCCUUAAAGAGACCCUCCCUGCCAAGCGUUCUGCUGAGCACAAACAAUCUUUGGAUGCCGUGGAAUCGUCGAUCGUCGAUGCUCCAGACCCGGAAGUGCUGUUUGUCGAGGCUCGAGCGGAUGCACUUCAGCCGCCCACGACACGCGAGUUGCUCACGCAUCCGCCACUCCGCGCAGUACUCAUCGCCGGCGUCGUCAUGGCCUUCCUCGCCUCCGCUUUCAACGCCGUUUUUGUUCUCUUCUGCUACACCCCAGUCCGCAUUGGCGGUCUUGGUUUCUCCCCAUCCGAGAUCGGGCGUGCCCUAGCCAUAUCCGGCUCGACAUCCGCAGUGAUGAAGUUAUUCCUCAUGCCGUAUCUUCUCCAGCGCUUCCACAUCCUCAGCUUGUACACCUUUACUUUGCGCACUUGGCCCAUUACCUUCCUUCUCUUCCCGCUCCUAAACUACAUUGCCCAGGAGUCGGCGGGUGCGCAUACAGCGCUACUGUGGGCUGCGGUGACUCUUGUAGCGGUCAUGUCUCGUAUUGGCACGCUGGCUUUCUCGAUAAGCAUGAUUCUUGUGCGCGAGACCGCACCGGGCGCGGCGUCGCUUGGUGCGUCGAACGCCUUCGCGGAGAUCAGCCAGAGUCUCGCCAUUGGGAUCAGCCCCGUAUUCGUCAGCUGGAUAUUUGGUCUGUCAAUCGAGGCACGAGCCUUCAACGGUUAUGGGUGGACGGGUGUCAUGGCGCUCAUCGGGCUGUCCGGGAGUUGGUUCGUUCGACGUAUAGGCGUCGCACAGCGCGUUCAUGCACAGGGUCUCGUAGAGUAG